AUGUGGAAGAAAUGGUUUCUCCCACGUCUGAAAGAGGCAACACCAUUUACAGUGGUUGCCUCAGUGGUGAGCAUCACUCCCCAAACAACAGAGAACCUUCGUGCCCAGUUGAACUAUGGAUUUCAAGAGCUUUGGGCAGUGAGAGCCAAAGGGGGCAAGCGGGUGGAAGAUUGCUAUGCUCUGAACAACCAAUCCAAGUGUGCUAAAAAAGAUGAGGUUGAGCAGAUCCUGCAUAAAACCCUCGAACUUCAAUCUCAUGUUCGAGUCACUAAUGUAUUACUCUAUGGUUUAGAGGGCAGCACGAAAGAUAUAAGAAUAUCAAUGAGCGUUAUCCUCCAAGCAGUGAUCAAGAAAGGAGACGAACCUAAGCCGACUCAACGGGAGCCAACGUAG